GCCGGGUGACGUGCAGGGCGCGCGGUGGCAGCACCUCCCCGCGCGCGGCUUAAAAAGAAGAAGAAAAGAGGGAGCGAAACAUGAGAGCCCUCGCGAGCCGCCGCCAGCAGCAGCAGCCGCAGCCGCAGCGGAGGGGGCAUCGCCCGGCACGGCCGCCGCCGUCGUCCCGCCUCGGGGACACCCUUCCUAUGGGACGACAAGUGAACGGCUGCUGCCGCCCGCUGCCCGGCCCGCCCCGAGCCUCGGCGCCUCGGCGCGGCAGCUGCUAAACCUGGUGCCGCUUGCGCAAGUUCGCCGACCCCGAGCAUCCUCCCGCCGCGGGCGCGGAGGCUCGUUGCCCAGCUCCUUGCCUCUCCGCGCCCGCCUUUUUGGAAGCGGGGGUGACCGAAGUGCUUUUUAAUUGCCGCCGCUCUUAUUCUCCUCCAGACUUUUCUCUUUCUGGGGGAGGGAGGUGGUUUCCUGAGCUGAAGUGCAAAGAGAAGUCCGUGGGAUUCCCCUCCUCUGCCCCCACCCCCCUUUUUUUGGUGCAUUCACACGCUCCCUCAGGCAUGAUGCUCAAGAUGCUGCCGUUCAAGCUGCUGCUGGUGGCCGUGGUUCUGUGCUUCUUCGAGGGGGAUGCCAAGUUUGGGGAGAGCGGCGCCCGCAGGAGAAGGUGCCUCAACGGGACCCCUCCGCGGCGGCUGAAGAAGCGCGACCGGCGGGUGCUGUCCCCGGAGGCCCCGGCCGGCGGGGAGGCGAUGUGCCGCGGCCUCUACCCUCGCCUGUCCUGCUGCUCCCGCUCCGACGCGCAGGGGCUUCUGCACGCCGAGGCGAAGAUACCUUCUGUUACCAACAACACAGAAUGUGCGAAGCUACUGGAUGAAAUCAAGUGUGCACACUGCUCACCUCAUGCUCAGAACCUAUUCCACUCACCUGAAAAAGGGGAAACACCUGAAAGAGAACUAACUCUUCCCUACCUGUGCAAAGACUAUUGUAAAGAAUUCUAUUAUACUUGCAGAGGUCACAUACCAGGUUUUCUCCAAACUACAGCUGAUGAGUUUUGCUUUUACUAUACAAGAAAGGAUGGUGGUGUAUGCUUUCCAGAUUUUCCAAGAAAACAAGUGCGAGGGCCAGCUUCUAACUCCCUGGACCACAUGGAAGAAUAUGACAAAGAGGAAGAGAUCAGCAGAAAACACAAGCACAACUGCUUCUGUAUUCAGGAGGUUGUGAGUGGACUGAGGCAGCCUGUUGGAGCAGUACAUAGUGGGGAUGGAUCCCAUCGCCUCUUUAUUCUUGAGAAAGAAGGAUAUGUGAAGAUUUUCAGUCCUGAAGGAGACAUACUCAAGGAACCUUUUUUGGAUAUACACAAGCUUGUUCAAAGUGGAAUAAAGGGAGGAGAUGAAAGAGGACUGUUAAGCCUUGCAUUCCAUCCCAAUUACAAGAAAAAUGGAAAGCUGUAUGUGUCUUAUACCACCAACCAAGAACGGUGGGCUAUUGGACCUCAUGACCACAUCCUUAGGGUCGUAGAAUACACAGUAUCCAGGAAAAAUCCACACCAAGUUGAUAUGAGAACAGCAAGAGUGUUUUUAGAAGUAGCAGAACUACAUCGAAAACACCUAGGAGGACAGCUUCUGUUUGGCCCAGAUGGUUUCCUAUAUAUUUUUCUUGGAGAUGGCAUGAUCACUCUAGAUGAUAUGGAAGAGAUGGAUGGUUUAAGUGAUUUUACAGGUUCUGUAUUGCGCCUCGAUGUAAAUACUGAUCUGUGCAAUGUCCCUUACUCCAUACCACGGAGCAACCCACAUUUUAAUAGCACAAACCAACCUCCUGAGAUUUUUGCACAUGGACUUCACAAUCCAGGCAGAUGUGCUGUGGACCGCCACCCAACAGAUGUAAACAUCAAUUUAACAAUACUUUGCUCAGAUUCAAAUGGAAAGAACAGAUCUUCAGCAAGAAUCUUACAAAUAAUAAAGGGUAAAGACUAUGAAAGUGAGCCUUCACUUUUAGAAUUCAAACCAUUCAGCAGUGGAUCCUUGGUUGGUGGAUUUGUCUAUCGAGGCUGCCAGUCUGAAAGACUCUAUGGAAGUUAUGUAUUUGGAGACCGCAAUGGAAAUUUUUUAACACUGCAACAGAGUCCGGCAACCAAACAGUGGCAAGAGAAACCCCUCUGUCUUGGCAACACUGGUUCAUGUAGAGGUUUCUUUUCAGGCCCUGUCUUGGGAUUUGGUGAAGAUGAAUCAGGUGAGAUUUACAUAUUAUCAAGCAGUAAAAGUAUGACACAGCCUCACAGCGGGAAACUCUACAAGAUCAUCGACCCAAAAAGGCCUUUAGUCCCUGAAGAAUGCAAAAGAACAGCUCAGCCUGCACAGAUACUGACAUCUGAAUGCUCAAGGCAUUGUCGGAACGGGCACUGCACUCCCACAGGAAAAUGCUGCUGCAAUCAAGGCUGGGAAGGAGAAUUCUGCAGAACUGCAAAAUGUGACCCAGCCUGUCGACAUGGAGGUGUCUGUGUAAGGCCUAAUAAAUGCUUAUGUAAAAAAGGCUAUCUCGGCCCCCAGUGUGAACAAGUGGAUAGAAACAUCCGAAGAGUGACAAGGGCAGGUAUUCUUGAUCAGAUCCUAGACAUGACAUCCUAUUUGCUGGAUCUAACCAGCUAUAUUGUAUAGUUUCUGGGACUAUUUGGAAACUACACUUUCAACGGGCAUUUGUUUUGAAUCCUGUCAUUUUUAAAAGACUCUUGUCCUGCAACAAAAACCAGUGAUUUGAUUUACUUUAUUAAUUUAAGUAUAAUAUCCACAAAUGUGCAGGUAAAUUCUUUGUGUGUGUGUCAGUAUUUCUGUACGUCUCCCCAGACGUACCGACUGCCAAUAUGCACACACAUACACAGGCACGCACUAUCACAAAUGCGGUUUUAUGGCUAGUGGAAUUUUUUUUAAUAUUUAUUUCUUCAUGAGAAAUAGUUUACGAAGUAAUUCCACUGUAAAUCACAUUUCUGUCAAGGGACUUUUCGUGGUGUCUUAAUGGAUUCUUUGACAUCCCAGAAAUCUCAUGUCUGUACCUAUGUGAUUAUGGCGGUGAGAGAGCAGUUUUCAAACAUCGGUGUAUAAGCUGCUGCUUAAUAAAAUCCAGUUGUAAUGGUUUCUAAGGUGAACUGAACUCCAUCAUGAGACAAUAUUUGAGAACUCCUUAAUGCAUUCCUAUCGAGGCAAUUCAUUGUAAGACUGUAACCUUCACCUUCAUCAAUGUAACUCUAUUACAGAAUGUUAUGCAUUUCUUUAUCUAGCAUAGAUGCAAAAAUCUGGUUAUCGCAGCUUAAUAUCAAGAUUGUUUCAAGUGUUUAAUAAUUAAAUUAUAUUCGCAUAUUUCAAAACCA